AUACAAUAGUGGUAUUUACAAUUUCAAUCUGUGCAGGGGCAGAGUAUGGCAAAAAUGGAGGAGAAAGAGAAAAGCAAAGGAAGCAGCGAGGAGAGAUGGAAAGGAGCCAUAGCCAAUUUGACAGAGAUGGCUUCCAAUCUAGACUCCCUGCAGAAACUACUUCUCAAGAAAGCUGUAUUUGUAGAUGAAGAGACCUUCACUAAAGCUUCCCUCAGUUCUGAACAAGCCCGUACCAUCAAGGUUCUUGAACAAAGGGUAGAGACUUUGGAAAGAGAACUUGAUGCUGCCAUUUCUGCUGCUGCCCGUGCUCGUGCAGAAAAGCGACAGGCAGAGGCAGCACAAAAAGCUGCUGAAUUACGUGCACAAGAAAUUACAAGAGAACUUGAGAACACCACCAAGGUAUUUCAACUGCACAUGGAAGAGCUUCGUGCAAAGCAAGAUGAAAUUUCUAAACGUGAUAAUGAAAUUAAACUUUUGGAAGCUAUAAUUCAAACGCUUGGUGGGAAAGAAUCUCAUUCUACAGGUGGUUGAUACUCCUCUCUCUCUCUCUCUCUCUCUCUCUCUCAAUUUCCCUUGUUUUCUCAAGUGGGAUAGAGUGAGUUGUAAAGGUGAGCAUAGUGUUGUGCAUUGUUUCAUCCUGAAAAUAAAAAAUGUAUCAACUUCAAACAUAUAUGUGCCAAUUAAUGCGAUGAAACACAUUAUUUGCUUUA